CAGAUGGGAGGGAGAGAGAGAGAGAGAGGACGAGCGCCACACACAACGAGGGAACCCCAUCAGCUGGAAGUCGAGUAACAUUACAACUCUCAGCAGUCUGAAACUACUACAUUACACAGACGAGGGAUUCAUAUCAUCUGUGAGGAUUUAACCCGCCUCGGAUCACGGGAUUUCUGCUCUCUAACGUCACAUUUUUUUUAUUCUGCGGAGACUGUUUGCUGUUUUUUAGGAGUGGGUGGGGGGGGGGGACAAACUGGCGAGAGGCGAGCAUGGAGUAUUUCAUGGUACCAGCUCAGAAGGUGCCCUCCUUGCAACAUUUCAGGAAAACGGAGAAAGAAGUGAUUGGAGGUCUUUGCAGUCUGGCCAACAUUCCUCUGACCCCAGAAACAGCCCGGGACCAAGAAAGGCGAAUUCGCAGAGAGAUUGCUAACAGCAACGAGCGUCGGCGGAUGCAGAGCAUCAAUUCUGGAUUCCAGUCACUUAAAACACUCAUCCCACACAGCGAUGGAGAGAAGCUCAGCAAGGCUGCCAUCCUGCAACAGACAGCCGAGUACAUUUUUACUUUGGAGCAGGAGAAGACGCGGCUAUUGCAGCAGAACAGUCAGCUCAAGCGAAUCAUACAAGAGUUAAGUGGUUCCUCCCCUAAGAGACGGCGUGCGGAGGAGAAAGAUGAAGGGAUUGGCUCACCAGACAUUCUGGAAGAGGAGAAGACUGAGGACUUGAGGAGGGAGAUGAUUGAGUUAAGGCAGCAGCUGGAGAAAGAGCGCUCAGUCAGGAUGUUGCUGGAAGAUCAGAUGCGUUCCCUGGAUGCCCAGUUGUACCCAGAGAAACUGAAGGUGUUCACCCAGCAGGUCCAGGAGCACCAUACUCAAACACAGAGCCUUGUCCGUCUGCAGCAGCACAAACAGCUGGAGAGGGACCUUACUCCAGCCCACAGCCCACAGGUGUUGGCCCCGGCUACCCCGCCUGCACCUACACACCAUGCCACAGUCAUCGUCCCUGCGCCUUUCCAGCCUCCCCAGCCCCAUCAUGUCACGGUGGUAACCAUGGGCCCGACAUCAGUUAUCAGUGCAGUGUCCACAUCUCGACACAACCUUGACACCAUUGUUCAAGCAAUCCAGCACAUCGAGGGCACCCAGGGAAAGGGUUGUGUUGGCGAGGAAGAGCAGCGGAGGGCGGUCAUCGUCACUUCCGGACGUGUCCCCUCCGAUGCUGCGGGCUCAGACACAGCCUCAAACAGCGACGGGCCCGACGACUGUUCACUUCCCUGAGUUCAUCUUCGAAGUCUCACACGCCGUACACUUACAUACACGCACACACUUACACACAAAAGGCCCAAGCAGACCAGGGCUCCAAGUGGCUUCUAACCCACAGCACUCUUGUUUAGUGGACAUUAAUAGGGCUGGUAGACAGAUUGAAGCACUCGUUUUUUCUUUUCAGUACACUCUUCCAUGUUGUACUUUGAUAGGCAGCCCAAAUAGGUUUACACUUAGACACUCAUACAUGUAGUCUCUCUUGUGUCUUUUUAUCUGCUUAUCUUUAACCCCCUGCCCUUCAAACACACAAACUCUUGUCUGUUCAUUAGUUUAUAGAGAGGUUAUUAGACUGGCCAUUUCAUUGACUGAUCCAUAAAUGCUCCGUCAGAAUGUCUGCUAAACAUCACCAUAAUCACCAGGAUUGUUCUCUUUUAUUCGGCCCUGGAGCAAUGGGACUGAUCCACGAAACAGGAGUCAAAGAAGCCAGCAGUGUGGCAUCAUCGCCACCCAACAACAGUGCAUUUUCCUUUUAAGAUGAACAUCCUUUAAACCUCCUUAUCUGAAGCUGUUUGGCGAGACACUGUAAGCUAACAAGGCUGUCUCAAAGUUCUACCUUUUAGGCUUCUGAAUGAAAGAAUAUGUAGUUAUACUCUUGUGAAGUCUACUUUUUUAUGUUUGUUUCUCUAAGGCUCCCUCAGCCAGCUAGUUAAAGUGAUUGUAUUGGAAAAAAACACAAAAAAGCACCGCGUUUCAUGGCUGUCUGGUGCUCACAGGAAAUGAAGCAAAGUUAGGGAGGAGAGAGUGUCCUUACUGGUUCUCAGCUCUUUUAUUUUUGUUUUGUUUGUUGCCAUUUUUACUGGGCAGGGUUCCCAGUAGGUUCACAUAUGUAUUGGCAUGUUCUUUCUUUUUACUCAUGGCCUGACAAAAUAAUAUCAGUGCUUUGACACUCCUUGACACGCUCCCCUCUUGAAUUUAAGUGGUGUGUGUGUGUGUGUGUGUGUUGUGUGUGUGUGUGUUGUGUGUGUUGUGUGUGUGUGUGUGUGUGUGUGUGUGUGUGUGUUGUGUGUGUGUUGUGUGUGUGUGUGGUGGGGUGUGUUGUGGUGUGUGUGUGUGUUGUGUGUUGUGUUGUGUGUGUGUGUGUGUGUGUGUGUGUGUGUUGUGUGUUUGUGGUGUGUGUGUGUGUGUGUGUGUGUGUGUGUGUGUGUGUCCCAUUUAGCGUUCUAAAUCAGCAGGGCUCCACGGUGUCUUAGACUCUGGCAGUCUGCAACAGCACCGCUUUUACCUUGGAAUAAAGGCACGUGUGUAUGUGCACACAACACUCCACAUACAAAUAUGGCUGACAUACAAUCACUUGUUAGCUCAAUUUUGGGGCUUGUUUAUUUAGCCCUUAACAUUGUUGUUUCUUGUCCAAAUGUUGGGACAUCUAUCAAAGCAGAUAAUGCUUUAAAUACAAGGAAAAUGCCCUGUAAAAUUGUUUGAAUGUGCUAUAGAGGUGACUGGGUUGACCACACAUGCUCCAUGCAUUUACUUGCAUAGAUUGCAUAGAUUUGUCCUCUUGUGUGCUCUUUGUCUAGGGUACCAUGCUAUGUACACAUCUCUAAUCUGAUCAUAUGUUUUGCCUGGAACUGUUGACAGACAUAAAGACAUUUAGCUGAGAGGCAGCAGCUUGCCUUACUAAAAGCCUGUGGGUGCAGGGAGGCACUGUGAAGCCAACCUUAACAGAGCCUCUGAGGUCUGAGAGACGUACCUUAAUACUUAAUCUGCGCCAUUUGAUGGCCACUGGAAUCUCUCUGGUUUUCCCCUCAGCUUUCCAAACAGGCUUGUAAACACCCGGGGUGUGUUAGAAUAUAUACUCAGUUAUUAUGUCUAUUUUACUUAUGCUUUGUUUGAUUAUGUUUGCCCCAAACAUUGAACAGGUUGCUGGUAUACCAGUUACAUUCAAGCACUCCUAAUAUUUGUUCUUCCUAAGUAUUGAAAAUGUAUUUGCAACCACUGGCCCCUUCGUGUGCAUGAAAGCCAGAUGUAUGGGUGAAAAAAUCCACAUUGAAAUGUUGACAUUCCAUAAAAUGUUACUAAGUUUAGAGACUACAGUUACAUUUAGUGCUUUUGACACAUCAUUGCUAUUUUAUAAUUGCAUUUAAGGACAAACUCAUUAUUAGAAUCCCUUGCAUUAAUGCAUAGAUGGAGCUUUGAACUGCUGGACAGAUAAUGUGUUCAGUUGAACGCACCACAUCUAUCAUGAUUAUGUCAUGGAAUUGCCCUUUAAAGAAAUAUUGAUGUCAGCUGCACUGACUGAAAUGAGUGACGCAUCUGUCAAAUUAAAUCAUGGGACAUUUUCCCAGUACUUAUCACUAUAGGCAGGGGAUUCCUGGAAAUGGAAAACAUGUUUUGAAAGCUCUGCUUGUUACUCUUAAGUAUCUGCAUUUGAUAGUUUUCUUUUCAGAGCUGUUCUAUUUCCAUCAUUGUCUUACACUCUGUUCUGUGUGUUACGAAAUGUUACAUUGACAUAUCAGCUUGUCAGAUGAGUGGGGUGGGCCUGGGGAUCAUUUAAUUGGGUCAAAUUACAAAGCACUUACUGUACUAUACUGGAGUCUGCCUCUUUCUUUUGUAUAAAGGGGCAUCUCCUCAGCUGAAGCUCUUUAGGACAUGAUUAAAAGCCACAAAGCUGUGUAUCCCCCUUUUCCUCCAUGUCCACACCUUCUACAUCUUGUCCUGUUUGCCCCUCUCAUCUUUUUUUUGUUUUUUGUAAACUCCUUAAUGCCAUCUUUGUUUAUCUAUUGUCAUUGUUUCUUUUGUCCCUUUACAUUUCGCAGCUCUCUCCUCUCCCUCUCCUUUUGUCUGUUAUCUGGAACCUUUUUUUGUUAACUUUUCGGUGCAUUUGGUCGUCAAGAAGCUAUUUUUUGUCUUUGUUUUUAAAAGAAAUGUUUUGGGGAUAAAGAGGCUUGUGCCUUUGUAAAGACAGAAUAAUAAAGUUUGUACUUUGUUUUUUACGCAUUGG